AUGAUACAGUUUUAUCAGAGGUGGUGUGGAGCUCUGUUUUUCCGAUUGUCUUGGAAAAUAUCUUUUUGUUUCUCCCCCCUCCUCCCCCUCAAAAAAAGCGGAAAAAAAUUGGUUCACCGUUGGUCAUGUAGAAUGAAUAUGUGCUAAGCCUCAAAAGUGUCAUAAAAACUGCAGCGUAAAAGUUCGAAACGUGAAUAACAAUAAAUCAAUGCCUGUGGCCAGUCAAAAUCAUAAAAAAACACAGAUUGGGGUUUAUCCAAUAGUCUGGGUGUAACGUUAAUGGUUAUAUUUUAUUUUUAAAACAUGCUUGGCAUGACUAAUGAAACGCGUUGAUGCUAUAAUAAAUGUUAAAGCCUCGAGAAACUACUCAGAAAAAGAAGAAAACUCAGAAAACGCCUCAAGGCUCGGAGACCUGGGCAGCAAUGGACAAGCGCACGCACACACAAAAGGCUUUAGUGGUGGAACCUACAAAAACAACAAAACAGAAGGAGUAGCAGCAGCAUCAGCGGCCUUAACUACAAUUCAUCAUCGCUAAUUGUCAACAAAAGCUAAAUUUAUUAACGUUAAAUAAACACUAAAAAUAAACACCCAAACGCCAGGCAAGCAAGCAAGUAAUUAUGCUUGACCCUGGUCCAACAAUAGACGCAACAGCAACAUCAACAACUACAGCCGCAGUUCCAUCUUCGUCUUUGAUUCCAAUUCCAGCGCCACACUUGCUGGCGGGAGCGUAAGCUUAAGCCUAAGCACCCCCCCAGUCAGAGCCGCGUCAGAAGCUGAAUAACCCAACAUCUGGGAGUCGCACCACAUACGUCGCGACGCUUGGACCCGCCCAAGCGCCAAGCGGAUCGUUUUCGUAACCGAAAUACACACAGAAAUUUUAACGAAACAUAGGAGGAGGAGAAAAUCCAGUACGCACCAUGGUGGCCGUGGGCAAUCUACACAAUACGCGCAUGCUGCGCUUCCUCUUAGUCCUAGUGGUUGUCAUCCUCACCAUCUUCAUCUAUGCCUCGUAUUCGACGACGGCGACGUUGACACCGACUCGUGUGAGACCAGCAGCGUCACCGCCACAGCAACUGGUGGGCGGCAAUCCGAUGCAAAUUUUAACCGUGAACAAUACGGGAGAGUUCGGUCUGGCCACUGGCGAGGCUGUGCCCAAGGCCCAAAGCAGGCAGCAGCAGCAGCAGCAGCAGGCAGACAUUCACAGACGGCACCCGCCACAGCAUCGGCUGCCCACAAUCGAUGAGGAUGCCCUGCUGGAUGGCGGCUCUGCUGGGGCCAGUCCUAGCCAGGUUGGCGGUGGCGGUGGCGGUCCUGACCAGACGCCCAAUGCCAUUGUCGAUGAGAUGCUCGAGGAGCAGCAGUAUGGCCAAAGUGUUGAUGGUACUACUGGCAACAUCAGCAGCAACAACAACAACAACAUUAGCAAUAGCAACGGCACCAGCGAGGCGUUGGUUGUCAAACAAACAGCCACUGGCCCUGGCUCCCCCGCCCUGUCGGAACAGUCGCCCAGUCAGCAGCAACAGCAGCAGCAGCAGCAAGCACAAUCCGACGCAGAAGUUCUCAUACCCACUUCUAAUUUGCAAAAGUUCAUUGAGAAUGCCGAUAAGAUAUUGAAGAACAUUACAUCUAACAGCAGCAGCAGCGGCGGCACCGGCACCGGCAGUGGAGUUGCCGCAGCAGCAAACGGAAAUGACCAGCACAUAGAUAAGGCCAACCAACCACCGGAGGAGAUACAAAUCAGUUUGUUAGAUGGAAAGAAUGACGGCUUUGAGGGAUACUCGGCUAAUUCGGACAAACAGAAGCUAGUGCCCCCUUCUAAUCCGAUGAAAGAUGCCAAGAAACCCAAAAUGGAAUCACCUGUUCUGUCUGCAAGACCACCUGUACCAAUUAUACGCACCACCAAGGGUAGGAGCAGCGUAAAGGAGCCACCUUCCCCGGUGGAUCCCUCCAAAGGGGUGGCUACAGAGAAGCUCUACGAGUCCGGCCACAUCGACGAAGAGAUCGAUGCAGAUCGCAUUUGUCCACACGCGGGAGAAACCAUAAAGCUGUUUGUGCUCAUCAGUUCAGCACAGUCGCACGAGGCGGCGAGAAUGUCCAUCAGACAGACCUGGAUGCACUAUGGAAGCAGGCGGGAUGUCAGCAUGGCCUUUGUCCUGGGCCGCGGCACCAACGAAACGAUUAACAAGGCGCUCACCAAGGAGAACUACAUUUAUGGGGAUCUGAUACGCGGAAACUUUAUAGACUCGUACAAUAAUCUAACACUGAAGACGAUCUCCUCGUUGGAAUGGGCGGACCAGCACUGCCCCCGUGCCAAAUACAUUCUCAAGACAGAUGACGAUAUGUUCAUCAAUGUGCCCAAGCUGCUGGCCUUCCUGGACAAACACCAGGACAAGCGAACGAUCUACGGCCGCCUGGCCAAGAAGUGGAAGCCGAUACGUAAUAAGAAUUCAAAGUAUUAUGUAUCGGUCGAUCAGUUUGCGGCGGGUGUGUUUCCCUCAUUCACCACAGGACCCGCCUACGUCCUCACCGGAGAUAUUGUGCACGAGCUAUAUGUCCGCUCUAAGACAGUCUAUCUGAAGCUAGAGGAUGUCUUCACCACGGGCAUUGUGGCAAAGAGCUUAGACAUUAAGCGGGUGCAGGUGAACGAGUUCGUCAAUCGCCGCAUCUCGUUCAACCCGUGCAACAUACGCAACGCCAUCAGCGUGCACAUGAUCAAGUCGAACGAACAAUUUGAUCUGUGGAAAAAGCUGCUGGAUCAGACAACUAAGUGUAAAUAGUAUUUUAAGUUUAGAUUGUGAAGGGGCAGAUAGUAGGCAGAUAAGCAGAAUGGAGGUGAGGAAACUGAAUCUAUAUAAUUUGAUAGAGAAUGGAUGUAGCAAAACGCAGCUAUAGGAUUAUUAGCAUUAUGUCUAGUUUCUAAGUCCUAGGAAUUACACAAAUAUUUGUCAUCGAUCAAUGGUAUCUUUAUCUGCAUAUAGUACAGUACUCGUAUAUGCAUACGACUGGAGACCCGAGACAGAAGAGCGAAGAGAGUACAUUUUAAAGGUUUAGUAGUUUAAUUUUAGCAUUAUGAAUGCCAUUAUUUAAAUGAUAAUUACUGAGCGAUAACUGUGGUUAUAUCUUAAAACUAAAUACAUGUAUGUAUAUCAAGAGAAAUUUCAAUUUGCCUUCUACUUUUCAA